AUGUCCUCGCUGGCUCCCUCUCGCCUUCACGAUGAUGAAAGCAACUCAAGUUACCACAACAACCUACAAGGAGCAGAACAAAGGAGUAGAAUGACCUUCCUUGAAGAACCUAAGGAUGAUCAACACCUCCUUAACAAAUCCGAUAGCGGAUGUUCCACAACAAGCUCCGAGUUGUACGCCGUGCCUUAUGAUGAUCUUUCAUUUGAAAAUGAGACUAUUGUUAGUAACACCAAUGUUUGUAAUCAACCAAAGAUGAUUAUAUUUAAUCAUGGAAGCAGCUCUAGUUCAAGAUCACCAAAUAGAAAAAGAGAUAAUGAAUUAGUUCUGGAAUUAACCAUUCAUUAUGAAAAGUUCACCAAAGAAUUCUAUCCUGGGGAGACGGAAAACAUUUUUCAAAAGAAAGAAACAAUCUUUAUGAACUUGCAUCUUGUCCCUGGAAAUCAUACUUUUGAAUUUUCGUUCGAAUUGGAUCAUGAUUCUACACCUACUUUUUCAAAACCCACCUGUUGCGUUGAAUAUAUCAUUAGUGCUCUUGCAGAACGCAACUCCCAAAGUGAGGCACAUAAUUUGCUUUCAACCAUGUCGUUGUUUAAAGUGUUGGAGGGAAAUAACAAAAUAACCAAGUCAACGCAACAGAAAUUAAUAACAUCAACAAAAACCAUUACAUUCGAAAAUGGAGAGACUGUUUCAUUGGAUUUGAACUCGCAGGUUUCAUCAAAUGAAACACUAUCAAUUUUGAUCAAGAAUUUAACCUCUGACGACAUGUUUCAUUUCAAAAUCGUUGAGCAAAUAAGAGAAAAGCAAAACAACGCAACCAUCCAUGAAGAAGAAAUUUCGUUAGAACCUGAAAGGAAAGAACAAUUCGAAGAUUCCUUUAAAAUUGAUCUUCGAAUUCCAAAACAUUUCUCAAAGUCUUGGAUUCCACUCUCCGAAAAAUGUCUCCUUGUUUUUGCUCAUUUCUUGGUGGUGGGAGUAAAAAAUAAGUCAUCUCAAGAAUUUUCUAUUCCAAUUAUUAUUCAACCAGGAUUUUGUGAUUCCGUUGAAAUCGUUGACAACUUAGCGAAUAUAGAAUCUCCCCAAAAAGAUUCUUCCCCACUGUCCAUAAUGAAAAACAUCCUUUCAACUCCAAUGCUUUUCUCCUCACCUACCGAUAAUAAUCGAAAAACAAAGAGUGAAAAUUAUGAUAUCAGCACGUUAUUUUCACAAUACAAUCCCUGCUCUCCCACACACAAAGCUUACAUCAAUCACAAAGUUCCAGUCCAAGAAACAUCCGAGAUUGGAAUGACAGAAACCUUUUUAUCACCAAUUCCUGUUAAGGAGAGAUUUGAAUCCGACAAGAGCUUUCUCAACGAGUCUAGUAUCGAGGACAUUAAUCUUCAAAUCGAAAAAACAAGGAAGCAUGUAGAAAGAUUGAACGAGCAACUUUCCCUUUCUUGUCCCCCUUUUAAAGCAGAAAAAGAUGAAUUCCUUGCAAAGUAUUGCUCAAAAUUAAUGGGUCCCUCGUCUAAAAUGAACAAUGAGGUCGAUCGAUCAGAGGACUUGUGUUUUACUCCAGCAGAAUCAACAACCCAAAGAGACGAUGGCUUUGGUCACAGACAAGAAAAAAGGAACGCAAAUCAGGGCCUUCCAAACUCUAAGGUCGAGUAUGGGGAAGUCUCAUUUUCACACAUAGGUAAAUAUAUUGGACAAUACGCUAAUGCACAACUCAAUCAACAAGGUCUAAUACCACAUGGAAAAGGUACAUUUUAUUAUUCCACUGGAACAACGUACUCAGGUCAUUUUGUGAACGGAAAAAAGCAAGGAAAAGGACAAAUGGAGUACAAAGACGGAUCCAUCUAUAAGGGAGAUUUUUUCGACAACUUUCGUCAUGGAAAUGGAGUUUAUCGAUGUAGAGCUUAUAGCUAUUCUGGAUCUUGGGAAUUUGAUAAAAAGAAAGGUCAAGGAAUUAUUGUCUAUUCCAAUGGCGAAUCGUAUGAAGGCACAUUUGAUAACAAUCUUCCUCAUGGAAGUGGAAAAUAUCUGUUUAAGGACAAAUCUGUGUACGAGGGAGAAUUUUCAAAUGGUUAUCCACAUGGAAACGGAACUUUAAUUUAUUCAGAUCAUGUUACUAUGUACGACGGUGAAUGGAAACAGGGAAAGAAGAGUGGAAAAGCAAGAUUGGUUAUACUUCCUAAUGGUUACUACGAAGGAGACAUGGAAAAUGAUUGCAAACAUGGGAAAGGGCGAUAUGUGUACAAGAACGGAGAUGUCUACGAAGGAGGAUUCAAGCAAGAUAAGAAACACGGACAAGGAAUUUAUUUCUUUGCGCAGGGUGGAUAUCUUAAAGGAACGUGGCACUUAUCUGCUAAACAGGGUCAUGCUUUGUUGUGUGCACCAGAUGGCACUCUCUAUGAAGAAGUAUGGGAUAACGAUGUGUUAAUUUCAAAGAAGCUCGUUUAUAAAUAA